AUGGCGACGAGCAAACAGUAUAAAGCCAUCGGUGAGGACCUUUGGAAAAGUCGCACAGAUAAAAUUAAUUCAGAGCUGUUUGCCCUUACAUACGGCGCCCUUGUCGUUCAGUUGAUUCAAGAUUAUGAAGAUUAUGCUGAAGUGAACAAGCAACUCGAAAAAAUGGGAUAUAACAUUGGAACACGGUUAAUCGAGGAUUUCCUUGCCAGGAGCUCUUUAGGUCGCUGCUCCGACUUCCGAGAAGUGGGCGAGGUGGUGGCGAAGGUCGGGUUUAAAUCCUUUCUGAAUAUCACACCAACAGUCACGCAUACCGGUGCUCCACCACCUUCCUCCCGCCCUAACAGUAGUACAGCUCAACAAUCAGGAGUUCCUGGCUCGUCUUUCAUUCUGACCCUGGAUGAGAACCCCUUGGCUGAAUUUGUUGAACUCCCUGACGAAGCUUUGGAAGGAGGGCUGUGGUUUAGUAACGUGCUGUGCGGUGUUCUUAGAGGAGCACUUGAGAUGGUCCAGAUGCAGGUGCAGGUAGAAUUUUUGUCUGAUGUACUUCGCGGUGACGAGAGCACGGAGAUUCGGGUGACAUUGCUGAAGUAUCUGGAAGAAGAAGUGCCAGUCGGAGACGACUAG